GCCAAGUUUCCAACCAUUCUAGUUCUAGACUUCUGGUCAAUGUCCUCUCCCCCACCAUUCCGAGGAAACCAAACGCGCUGCAACAAAAACGCGCAAGAACAGUAACCAUUGGGUUGAAAGUUUUCCAAUCUUUUUCCCUCGCGUCCCCGGGAAACAGAUGCAUCUGCAAUUCAUUGGUCUGCAUAUAUAGCAGGUUGUUGGGUCUCUUCUUGCGAAAAUGACCAAGCCCAAGAGUCUCUUGCAGAAUUUGAUGAAGCCCUUCAAGUUCGGUUCUAGAAAAGGCGGAGAGAAUGAAGAGGAUUUGGAGAAGAUUGCUGCUCAAGAGCAGAAGCAUUUUGCAUUUGAGACCUUAGUUUCAGCUACCAAAGAUUUCCACCCAUCAAAUAAGCUUGGUGAAGGUGGGUUUGGACCCGUCUACAAGGGAAAGCUGGAUGACGGUAGGGAGAUUGCAGUGAAGAGGUUGUCCCAUAGCUCUAGGCAAGGGAAAAACGAGUUCACUACGGAAGCAAAAUUGUUGGCUCGGGUACAACAUCGUAAUGUUGUGAGCUUGUUAGGCUAUUGUGUGCAUGAUAUGGAGAAGCUACUAGUUUAUGAGUACGUUGUAAAUGAAAGCCUCGACAAGCUUCUUUUCAGUAAGUACCUUCAUCUCUCUAGUUCAAUGUUCUUCCAUGUUGAUUCACCGUCUUCUGAGAUUGGGUCUCAUAACAUUUUCGUGGUCCAAUCGAAAUCCAAUAGUAAAGCACAUCUUGAUUGGAGGCAAAGGUUUGACAUAAUCAUGGGAAUCGCACGGGGCUUGCAGUACCUCCAUGAGGACUCGCACAAUGUCAUCAUCCAUAGAGACAUCAAAGCUAGUAACAUUUUGCUCGACGACAGAUGGGUACCUAAGAUUGCCGACUUUGGGAUGGCCCGCCUCUUCCCUGAAGAUCAAACACACAUCAACACCCGUGUAGUUGGUACCAAUGGUUAUAUGGCUCCUGAAUAUGUCAUCCACGGACGUCUAUCAGUGAAGGCUGAUGUAUACAGCUUUGGUGUUUUGGUCCUAGAGCUGAUCAGCGGGCAGAAGAAUUCAGCAUUUAUCAAUGCUGAUUAUAUCAAUCUACUGGAUUGGGCAUACAAGCUCUAUAAAGAAGGAGAGACCAUGGAGAUUAUGGACCCAACUUUAGCUACAUCAGCAGCAGCUGAACUGGUAAAGACUUGCAUACACAUAGGACUACUCUGCACACAAGGGGAACCCAACUCGAGGCCCACAAUGAGACAGAUAGUUCUUUGGCUAUGCAAGAAACCUGGCCACUUGGAAGAACCAACUAGGCCAGUAGUCCCUGGUUCACGGUACAGAAGAUCUCGCAGGCCAAGGACAGGAACAUCUUCAACUGCUGGAACAUCAUCUGGUCAUUUUGAUUCUCGUGGAUCAGAUUCGAGCACAAGCAGUAGUAAUACGAAUACAGUGACUGCCUCAGCGUCCGUAUCAGCUUCAGCUCAGUCUAGCACAAGAGUAGAUCCCUAUGGGAAACGACCUGUGUCGAGUUAAUUAUAGGAAGGGUUUAAACCAGAAAGCUGACAGGUGCAAAUUAGGAAUUAGGGGUAAAUGAUAUGGCCUAAGGAGGAGGUUAAUUAAAUUUCGUGUAAAUUCGUAUAGGGGUGAGUUGUUUCUUCCUAAUGUUUAUUUGCUUCGUUGAGUGUAUAUAGCAGAGUUUUGAUUUGAUUCUUUGAUAGGUUUGUCAUUUGUGCAGAAAGAAAUGAAGUAACUCCGUAAAAGCGUCGAGCUUAAUAAAGAUGAUAUUACUGUAGUUCUUAGAGCAUCUCCAUUGGUGCAAUGGCAUUUGCAAUUGCAUUUGUUUUUU